AUGGAUUCCAAAGAAAUCCUGGCAGUUCACUCAGUGCUCCAUUUGAUCUAUCAUCGAAAUAAGAACCAACAUCACCGAGCAAAAUGGUGGAAAUGGUUAUCUAUCUUGAAGCGCGCCACAUUGAAUCUCAUCCGAUCGGAGGAAUCCCAGCAUCUGGCUCAGAUCAUCCCCAGAUGUUACAUAGCAUUUUCAACUGUCGUCGCUGAUAAUCAAUUUUCCACUCUUGGGGUGGUGCUUCUAUCUGCAUUGGCGCGACUGUCCAGGCUCACUGGCAUCAGCCACCAGAUGAAAAUGAAGAGCAACUCCAAGAAAGUUACCCCUGUCACUGCAAAAGUGGACAUAGGAGAACGCGUUCGCCGGGUCGAUGUGCCGGUCGGUGUGAAGGUUCCCGAGAAGGCCGAGAAGUCGGAAAAAGAUGCCUCAAAAGCUACGAAAAAGAAGAAAAAGAAGAAAAAGAAGAACGCCAUCGACGAUUUGUUUAGCGGUUUAUUUUGA